AGGGAGUGAGAGGGAAAGAGGGAGAGAGGGGAGAGAGAGGGAGAGCGAGGAGGGGGAGGGUGGGGAGAAAAGCUGUAAGCAAAGCUGAACUGAUCAGGCAGCGCCAGCCAGCAGACUCUUUGAAAUCUUAGCAGCUGCAUGAGGAAUCUUUUGUGACUUCACCUCACAUUCCCAGCCAGCUCUGGGUGCAUUUAUGCUACUGCCUGCAGGUUUUGGAUGUCUUUCAUUUGAAUGUAUUUAUCUGAAGGAAAGAGCUGCUCUCAGUGAAGAGUAACAUAAGCAGACGAGACGACGAAGAGAGAGGAACACUCACUCACACACUCACACUCACACACACACACACACACUCACACAGCCAAGAAGAUCAGAGUCAGGUGUGUCGCUGCUGUGAAGUGUCAGAUUGCCCGGCAAGGGGGGGAAAGCUAGACUUCAACACAACUGCACUUUUUUGGACGAGAAAAAAAAAAAACAGAGCGGGCUGUUUGUUGAGCUUUUGAAACGUGGGAAACCCGGAAUCCAGAACAAACGGUGGAGCUGCCUGCUCUAUCUAGUCUGAGCUGUGAUCACAGCGUUCCUGCCAGCACUGCUCUGAUGUAUGUCAGCUUUGCAACAGCUAACACCACCAACUCACGGUGACGGCUGAGCCCAUCGUUAAGGGCUGCCCCGUCUGAUUCCGCUCUGUCUUUCAUCUGGACGUGGACCAGAAUGGAUUAAGAAAAUCAUCGGGAAGAUUUUUUUUUUUUUAAAAGAAGCACAAUUGACAGAUUUCCUGAGACAGGAACCAAGCUGCAGCCUCGACGCCCAACAACUUAAUGCUAACAGUGUCCCUCGGUGAUGUACAGGACAACCAGCCGGGGAGGCAGUCGGCCAUCUUGACAAACUUUGUUGAAGAGACGUCUCUCUAACAGUCAGAUGAAAGCAACCUGAAAAAUGAUCAGCUUUUGCCCGCAGUCCAUUACCGUGGCAACAGUUGUCUUCCUGUUGCUAACAUCAGCAGUGACCUCGGCGCAUUUCCGCGUUUGUGAGCCUUAUGCGGAUGUCAAGGGGCGCUAUCACUUUGGCUUCCACUGCCCACGCCUGUCGGACGGCAAGAGCUACAUGUUAUGUUGUCACCAUAACAGCUCGACCUUCAAGUACUGCUGCAACGAGACCGAGUUUCAAGCAGUCAUGCAGAUGAACCUGACGGACCAGGCCGAGGGAUACAUGCAUAAUAACUACAGUGCACUGGUUGGAGUGUGGAUCUAUGGCUUUUUUGUCCUGGUUCUGCUUGUAUUGGACCUUCUCUACUACUCUGCCAUGAACUAUGAGAUCUGUAAGUUCUACUUGUCGAAGUGGGGAAUCCGGGGCAGCUGGCUGAACCAGGAUGAGGGUCAGUGGAGCGAUUCGAGUCAAGGGCAGGCCCAGGCCCAGGCUUCAGCCCAGGCCCAGGCUUCAGCCCAGCCCCAGGCCCAGGCCCAAGCCCAGACAUCACAGACUAUGCAGACAUUGAAGACUGACGCUCAGACCCCAGCACUGAUGUCUUUUCAAACUUCAACUGCUUGGUGA